UGGAUGUGGCUGCUGAAAUCUAGGCAAGGAGAAUGGGAAAGGACAGAUUAUCGCAGUCAGUGACAUGCAGCUGGUUGCCAGAGCCUUAACCAAUCAGUGCUGUGAAUGUUUCAUAUGCAAAUACUCAAGUGAACAGAAGGUCAUCAGUGCUUCAUGCAGCUUGCAGAAAUUCAUAUGAAGAAAGGCAGACAACGAGGGCUGGUGCUGCUGAACAACACCGAGAUGACACAAACACAUUGUCAGGCGGACGACAAACGCUUUUCGCUGUCUUCCCAAAGUCACAAUGAGCUGCUCGGGAAUCUGGGAGCUGACAGCAACUGAGAAAAACCUUUGGGCGGAGGUAUAAUUUUAUUCAUUUUUUUUUUUUUCAUGGUUGUAUUUAUUUAAAUAAUGACUUCUUGGGUGCGAUACAUGUUCCCAAUCCCAGUGCUAAGCGUGACGCUCCUGUUGUUAUACUAUAACAGUAAGCUGUUAAAUUGGAGAGCUUUUCACUGGUAUAACGCCACCGAAGAAAGAAUCCUACUGCUUGAAGCUUGUGAUUCUUUUUUUAAUGGGAGGAAACCUUCAUUUGAACCUACAGUGACAAGCUUGUAUCACAGCUCAAACUGUCAAGAAUAUAAAAGACAAAAUCAUUACAUUACAGACCCCCUCUCGGAGGAAGAGGCAGCCUUUCCUUUAGCUUAUAUGAUGACAGUACAUAAAGAAUUUGAAACGUUCGAGAGACUGUUCAGAGCCAUCUAUAUGCCGCAAAACAUAUACUGCAUCCAUGUGGAUGAGAAGGCAAGCGCGGAUUACUUGCAGGCGGUAAGUGAUUUAGUGGAUUGCUUUCCUAAUGCGUUUUUCGCCUCGAAAAUGGAGCCGGUGGUGUAUGCCGGGAUAUCGAGACUCGAGGCGGAUCUGAACUGCAUGAAAGAUCUGCUAAAAUCAGAGGUCCAAUGGAAAUAUGUCAUCAAUGCGUGCGGACAGGAUUUCCCUUUAAAGACAAAUAAGGAGGUGAUGGAGCACUUGAAAAAAUUUAAAGGGAAAAAUAUCACGCCUGGGGUGCUGCCCCCCGGUCAUGCCAUCCCUCGGACUAAAUAUGUCCACCGUGAGGAUAUCGUACAUUCCAAUGUACUAAGGACUAAAACCUUGAAGCCCCCUCCUCCGCACAACAUCACUAUUUAUUUCGGCACUGCGUAUGUUGCGCUGACAAAGGAGUUUACUAAGUUCAUCAUGGAAGACCAGAGAGCCGUAGAUCUACUGAAAUGGUCUAAGGACACUUACAGCCCCGAUGAACACUACUGGGUGACCCUGAAUAGAAUUCCAGAUGUACCGGGAUCAAUGCCAGAUGGGCAAUGGGAAGGUGACCUCAGAGCAAUUAAAUGGAGAGACAUGAAUGAUCACGGCGGUUGUCAUGGCCAUUACGUUCGGGAUAUCUGCGUCUAUGGAACAGGGGACUUGCAGUGGUUAAUUAAUGCCAACAGUAUUUAUGCCAACAAGUUUGAAUGGAAAUCUUAUCCUCCGACACUGGAAUGCCUAGAAAUGAAGAUACGAGAACGAACACUUAAUCAGAGUGAGGUCACUGUGCAGCCUGACUGGUACCUCUAAGCAGUACAUUCUGCAGAAAAGAAUUGAUAAAAGUGCUCUAAUAUGGAUGAGACACAGAGAGCACACAACUAUCUCUUAACCGCUGUCCUUAAAAGGCGAUUUGAAGUCAAGAAGCAGAUACCAUUAAGCAGCUUCCUCCUUUUAAGCACUUGUGAAGAGUUUAUUGUUCACAAUGCUUGUACCGUUAUCUUUUCUACUGGUGUUAAGAAGCUACUGUAUGAUUAUAUUAUGCUGCUAUUAGAUGUGGUUCUUAUGAAAUGGAUUGCAUCUAUAUUAUGCCGAUAUUUGUGUCAUAUGGUGCCAGCCUGCACAAAGAAGAGGAACAUAUUAGCAGUUAGAUUGUAUGUAUGCAAACAGGACCUACAAAUGAAGCAUAGUAAUGGGGUGUUCAGACCAACAGGCUGGAAAGCAUCCAGUCUAUAUACUGGAAUUCCUACCGGCAUUAUAAACUCCUCUUAGGAGUAGUUUAACAUCCUCACCCACACACCUUUGUCUAUAGAAAUGAUAACAUAUAUAACCCCUUCACGCCGACCAUACCCAAAUUUGCGCUCAUGGCUUGAAGGGGUUAUUACUGGGACCCGGUACUGUUUUUUUAGAGCGGCCAGUUGGCUCUUUUAGACCCCCAAUCCCUCUAUAAAGAGUACCUGUCACCACCUUUUACUGUCACAAGGGAU